AUGUUCGCCUCGGUGGGCCCUCGGGGCGGCCCGCGCCCACCCGUCGCCCCGGCCAUCCCGGAACCGGACCUGAGCCACCUGACCGAGGAUGAGAGGAAGAUCAUCAUGGCUGUGCUGGCUCGGCAACGGGAGGAGGAGGCGAAGGAGGAGGCCAUGUUAAAAGAAGAGAAGCCUAUCCAGGCAAGAACGGUGAACCUGGUAGGGCAGAAGAAACCUCCACAGCAAAAUGAUGUCCGGGGCAUCCAGCAGCAGUUGUCCAGCUACAGGGAGACGGUGAUCCGGCAGGCCUCGGCGGCGACGGGUUCGGCCGUUCACCGGGACGACGCGCCAACCUGCGGCAUCUGCCACAAGACAAAGUUUGCAGAUGGCUGUGGGAACCUGUGCUCGUACUGCCAGACCAAGUUCUGCGCCCGCUGCGGGGGGCGAGUGUCACUGAGAUCCAACACGCAGGACAAAGUGGUGAUCUGGGUGUGUAAUAACUGCCGGAAGCAGCAGGAGAUCCUCACCAAGCCGGGCGACUGGUUCACGAGUUCGCCCGGAAACCCGGCUGGCCUUGGAUCUGCUGUCAGCGAGCCGUCCGUGUGCCAAACGUCUGGGGACAAGAAGCUCCGAUCGCGCUCCCAAGCCCCCUCAGACUCCACCACAGCAAACCAAGACCCCAACCGACUCAACGCACCCGGGACCACAGCCGGCACCGACGCAAGGUCACGUAGCGAACCACCGCGAGACACGAGAAAUGGACGGGGAGGUGGAGGAGCUGGUCGGGGGGAGCGGAGGCCAGGACAGGCCCGGCUGCAGACCCAGGUCUCCAUGGACCGGGACCUCCGUGGGGAGUCCAGGGAGCGCAGAGAAAGCCGGCGACUAACUAAGGGACGCUCUCUGGAGCAUGAUCCUGUGGGGGGAGGUGGUGGAGUAAGGCGGACAGAAGAGGGGGGCUCCCGCCAUGUGGACCACAAUGGUGCCACCCCUUGCCAAGCAGGGCUGGUCCCUCCUGGAGGCCGGGGACACCCUGUGCCCAUGCAGGGUCGAGGCGUGGGCAUGGCGGGGGAGCUUGGGGAGGGUGUUCGGCCAGGUCAGAGGACGGUGGGUCGGGUUGUUGGGCCGCAUGAACACACCCUGGCUCAGCAAGCUCCUCCCCCUGAACUUAGAGAGCCACUUGGCUCGGGACCUGGUUCAGCCCCGGACCAGGGACCUGGAAUGAGGCGGACCAAACGGGAGAAGGCUGAGAGUAUGCUGCGCAACGACUCACUGAGCUCUGACCAAUCAGAAUCUCUGCGCCCGCCACCGCCAAGGCCCUACAAGUCGAAACGAGGGCUGGGGGCCGGAGGGAAGAGACAAACCAGCGUCAGCAGCUCGGAGGAGGAGGGAGGGACCACGCCGGAGUACAGCAGCUGUGAGGAUGCUGAGAUUGAGAGUGUUAGCGAGAGAGGUGACUGGGAGUGCUACCCACAUGACCCCACUGUGUGGCAUCAUCCUGUAACCUGGCAGCCAUCUAAGGAGGGAGACCAUCUGAUUGGACGGAUCACCCUCAGCAAGAGGAGCGCUGCAAUGCCAAAAGAAGCUGGAGCUCUGCUGGGGUUAAAGGUGGUAGGAGGCCGAAUAACAGAGACAGGAAGAUUAGGUGCCUUCAUCACUAAAGUCAAGAAGGGCAGUCUGGCUGAUGUGGUGGGACAUCUCAGAGCAGGGGAUGAGGUUUUGCAGUGGAACGGGAAACUGUUACCAGGAGCGACUAUGAAGGAAGUUUACAACAUCAUCCUCGAGUCUCAAGCCGAGCCUCAAGUGGAGCUGGUGGUAUCCAGGCCUAUUGGGGUUUGUAGAAAAUAUCAUGAUAUCCCAAGAAUCCCCGACACGUCCCACCCUCCGUUAGAAUCUACAGGUUCCAGUUCUUUUGAGUCACAGAAGAUGGAGAGACCGUCCUUAAAUGUACUAUCUCCCUCCAGCCCCGGGAUGCUCCAGGACAAUCCACAGUUAAUGCCAGGGCAACUCUCAGUGAAGCUGUGGUAUGAUAAAGCCGGUCACCAGCUAAUAGUCAACGUGCUGCAGGCGGUAGAGCUUCCACUUCGCCCUGACGGGCGGCCCCGGAGCCCUUACAUCAAAAUGUACUUCCUCCCUGACCGCAGUGACAAGAGCAAACGAAGGACAAAAGCAGUGAAGAGGACGUGUGAGCCAAAGUGGAACCAGACGUUCGUCUACACUCAUGUCCAUCGCAGGGAUUUCCGCAACCACAUGCUGGAGCUGACUGUGUGGGACCAACCCAGGUCUCCAGAGGAAGACAGCACCUUUAUGGGAGAGAUCCUAAUAGAGCUGGAGACGGCCUUACUGGACGACAAGCCUCACUGGUUUCCACUCCAAACCCAUGAUGUCUCAUCCAUACCGCUGCCCAGAGCCUCCCCCUUCCUGCCCCGACGACACACAGAGCCCCCCGGCAAGAAGCUGCAGCCAGCAGAUGGGCGUGGCAGGGAGAGGCAACGGGAGCCUACGUCUACUCUGGAGGUUCCCGAGCAGCAGAGGACGCCCAGCCAUCACCUACGAUCCCGCUCGGUCUCCCCCCACCGGGAGGAGCAGGGGCGGAUCCGGUCGCGGCCCCCCAACGUCCCCACCCAGAGGAGUUUGGAUGAUGAGCUUCCUCACUCCCGUUGUUCUCGUUCUCCAACUCGCUACUAUGACGCUGCCAGAGGUCGCCACCAGGAGGAGGAGUACCUGGACGACAGUGAGAUCUUCAUGAUCCACCACUCAAUGCGAGGCAAAAGUGCUGAGUGCCUCCACACCAGGAGAUCUACUAAGCACAAUAACACACUGCCCCCUAAGAUGCCACUUUUGUUCAACCGCAUCAACAAAGGCGCAAACAGUUCCACGCUGCCUGCAUGCCGAAAGAUGAGCUCUCACAGGGGACCGCAAAUAGUCAUGGCAACACACCAUUCCGUCACACACCGAGUUGUAAUGUUCACAGAUGAGGUGACAGUUAGUGAUCUUCAGCCUACUCUGGACAGAGUUAGGAGUGCUAGUGCCAACUGUCUGACUCCAGACAAUCAUGCCCCCUCACCAGAGACUGAAAGAAAAUCUUUGUCCCGUUCCCUGCCCCGAAGACGUCCGGCAAGUCCCAGGAUUCUUAUUCAACACGCUUCCCCAGAAGAUGACAGAAUAUGGAUGAUACUUCCUACUCAAGAGACUUUAAUUCAGCUCAGUACAAUGAAGAGACAGCCUCGGACCCUGGAAACGCCUGAAUGUCAGACUCAUGGCAGGAAGCUCUCUGGCAGUGGCAGGGGCCACCUCCAAGGUGGUGCGUCUCUUUCCUCCUCAGUGACGUCCUCCUCAGCCCGCAGAGUGAGGCAGCUCCCACAGCUUCCCCCCAAGAGCAACACUGCAGAACAAGCCCUGGUAGCAGAGGAGCGUGUUCGUCAGCUCCAGAUGAGGGUUCAUUCCAACCGGGUGUCAGCUGCUUCCACCUCCAGCCAACAGGACCUGGAUAGAGCUCUCAAGAACAAACGGGAGCUCUACAAGGAUCAGAGGAGCAGUGAAAACGUUUCCCAUAAGUCCUCCGACAGUGAUGUCAGCGACGUGUCAGCCAUCUCUCGAACCAGCAGUGCCUCUCGCAUCAGUAGCACCAGCUACAUGUCCAUCCAGUCAGAGAGACCCCGGGGACGCUUCAGCCGGGCCAUUCGUGCAACGGGCGGCCACAUGAUGAAGAGCACCAGUGUGAGUGGUGAGAUCUACGGCAUGGACCACGCCGAUGGCAGCCAAUCAGACACGGCGCUGGGGAGCCUUGGGAGCGGGAUCAAGAAGCGGCGCUCGAGCCUGAGCCAACGUGUUGUUGCCAUCCUUCCAUCUCGACGCAGCCGGAGUACCUCGCAAAUCAGCCAGACAGAAGCGGCGGGUAAGAAGGUGGACAGACAGAAAGCAGCGUCGGCAGGUAAGAAGGUGGCCAAGGCCGGCAGCAGCAGCUUCAAGAGGAGUGAGGAGUACGGCAUUCCAGUGGAAUUCCCGCGAGCAGGGUCGGUCAUGAACCGUCAGGCCAGCAGAGAGUCGACUGAUGGAAGCAUGAACAGCUACAGCUCUGAGGGGAAUCUGAUCUUCUCAGGGAUGCGUUUGGGUGCUGACAGUCAGUUCAGUGACUUCCUGGACGGUUUAGGCCCCGGUCAGCUAGUGGGCCGGCAAACACUGGCCACGCCUGCCAUGGGUGAUGUCCAGCUUGGUUUGAUGGAUAAGAAAGGUCAGCUGGAAGUGGAGGUGAUCAGGGCACGAGGCCUUACCCCCAAACCAGGCUCCAAAUCCCUCCCAGCUCCCUACGUGAAGGUGUACCUGCUGGAUAAUGGAACUUGUAAAGCCAAAAAGAAAACCAAGAUUGCACGAAAGACCCUGGAGCCUCUCUACCAGCAGCCACUGCUCUUUGAUGAGAGUCCACAGGGCAGGGUGCUCCAGGUGAUAGUUUGGGGCGACUACGGACGAAUGGACCACAAAUGUUUCAUGGGUGUAGCACAGAUCCUAUUGGAGGAGCUGGACCUUUCAAGCACGGUGAUUGGCUGGUACAAACUGUUUCCGCCAUCUUCUUUGGUGGACCCUACAUUAGCUCCACUCACACGACUGGCAUCUCAGACGUCAUUAGACAGCUCAGGACCGCCGCCAGGCAUUCGGUCCUAG